GGCCAUGAACGCAGGCUGGAGCAGGAAUAAACGAGGCAUCAUUGAACGCAACACGGGUUGUAACCACCAUCACAGUCAGUGGCUCAUCAUCCCCCACCAAGGUGUUUAGGCAGUUACACCCAUUCUCACCUUGCGUUUAUUUUAACCUUUUUGAUACAUAUUUCUGCUUGACAUCUCGGGGGUUCGGCAGCAUGAAGGGAAUCCGGGUUUUCGCGCUUAUCUUGGUGCUUUCCGUGUCUCUGCUUUGCACAGCCGAAGCGGCCAGGAGCAGGACCAGCAACCAGAACAGCUUCCGACGGGCAGCGAACGUCAUCUACCAGACCCUCAGCAGUAUUUUCGGAGAAGACAACAUCAGAGGGUUAUACAAGUUUUUCUCAAAAACCACGGAGAGGUUUGUCCAUGGAGUGGACUCUUUUCUUGACACCAUCUGGAAGAUCUGGUCAGAUUUGCUGGAUGUGAUGGGCAUUGACUCCUCUAACCUGAGCCACUACUUCAGCCCCACAUCCCUCACCAACACUCCGGCCCGCGCCCUGCUCCUGGUGGCAGCGGUUCUUGUGGCCUACUGGGUCCUCUCCAUAUUCCUGGGGGUUUUCUUUUACCUUCUGCACGGUGUGUUCGGCCGCUUCUUUUGGUUGGCACGUGUCUUGCUCUUCGCCCUGUCCUGCCUGUACAUCCUGCAGAAGUUUGAGGGUGACCCUGAGCGUGCGGUGCUGCCUCUGUGCUUCAUCAUGGCUAUGUACUUCAUGACGGGGCCUGUGGGAGCGUACUGGCGCCGGGGAGGAGGGGCAGGUUCACUGGAAGAGAAAAUCGACCACCUGGAUACUCAGAUCAGGCUGUUGAACAUCAGGCUGAGCCGCGUCAUAGACGGUCUGGAACGCACCGCGGAUCAGUAGGUAGCAGCGAGCAGGAAGGGGAGGGAGGGGACAUUUUACAAGCUGCUGCAGUUGAUGUCCGUGUGUUUCCUGUACACAUCUGCAGCUACGCAACUACUGGGUAUUUAUAACUCUAUUGUAAGAUGGGGGACUAAACUAGAUUUGAAAACAGUAUUUUAUCUGCUUUAGUUGAUUUUAGUCACUGAAUACCUUCAAAUCCUCAGAGGUUUGGACAGUUGACUUGGAGCUUACGCAAAUCAACCAAACAACUAUUUUUGCUUUUAUGAUUGUCUCAAUGAUUGAAAGGUUUUUGCUUAAUUCAAGAGGAAGAUAUAUGACAAUAUAAAAUGUUUUCUAUAUGCUGGUCUAAUACACCUCAGCUACUUUAAGAAACGCCCACUAUUGGGUUUGGAUUUUUGGUAUUUGGAUAAGCGUUGUCAAUGCUUUUCCUAGAUCAGAAAUCAUAUCUUAUGUAUGUUUGCUUGUUUCUAUCCUUGUGAAUAACCUGGGGUUUAAGAUUCUUACACAGGUGUCCACAAGCAUUUCCCCCUUUUUUAAAACUAUCGAAGUGGCGAAGGGUUUGGCGGUAUGAUGCGAGGGACCGAUACAAACAUUGUAUUUCUAAAACGUUAAAAAUCUCAAGACUUUAGAUAGUUGUUUAUAGCAAGAUUUAUUUCAUUCUCCAUCCGAUAAAAAAAUGUAGAUCUAGUUGGAAGUCACCGUCCCAUAGUGGCAAUAGUUUGACGUCAGGACCUCUUUUUCAUUGUGUGUUUGUAAAUGUGAAAAGGAGCAUGAGCAAACACAUCUGGGUGACCUACUUGAAUGUGUGUGCAAAUGCAUUUUUGUAUGUGUGUGCGUUUCAAGCUUGUGAAAUGGAAAAGCACUGUCACCAUCAGACCAGCAGAAAACAGACAGGCAGCAAUAUCUCAGGGACUCAACCAACACAUAUAGAAUUGGAAAAGAGAUAUCAAGUGUAUUAAAAUCACAUCUUGGUCUAUUUGAGUCAAUGCUUUUUCAGAUAUGGUUUAAAAUCUGUUUCAGUAAGUUACAAAACAUAUUGAUAAAUCUGGUGUGCAGUCUGUGUUCUUGCUUAAUGUUGAAAUUGCAAAGAUUGAUUCAUGUAUGAUGUCAAGACCAAUCCCAGCUUUUUGAUACUAUCAUGGACUUGUGGCAGGGAUUUUAAGUGCAGCUAGUGGUAAAUCGCCUGUUUGAAAUGUGGGGAAACAUUGGUAAGAUUAAAGUUUGAAUCAAAUUAUCAAGACAAAAUCAUUUUGAAAAAAAAGAAAAUCUACUUUUGAGUCAAAUUUAUUUUUGUGUGAAAUUCUCAACCUGGUUGAAAAAUACAUUAGUUUUGAUCCUGUGGCAAAAAUACAAACAUGCAUUGUACAACUCAAUUUGACUGCAUUAGAAAUGAUACAUAUGAAGCUGUACAUUAUUUAAACUGUUUCACGUUAGUAUGUAAUGAAUGAUCUUACCUGUAACUUAAUGAAAGAUUUACAACCAGCUGA